AGACGAGUGGUGGAAUAGCACAAUGUGCUGCUUCACUUGUUGAUCGUUCUUACAGUCAAACUACAACAACACCACAUUAACUACACUCUAUAGCUACUACUGGGUAUAAAUGUGUAAAACAUACUCAGUCAUUGAGUUGCAGCUUCGUGAAAUGUAGACCACCUGGAACGCGUCCCCAUUCUAUGGUACUGUAGUUGGAUGACGUGAUAACUAUACGGAAGUUGUAAACAUGGAGGUCCCCACCGCGGACGGCGUGUCUGCACCUCUGCCUGGAAGAUGUGCUUUUUACGUGGAAAAGAAAAAACGAUACUGCAAAAUGAUAGUUGGAAGUGGAAAAGCAUAUUGUGGGGAACAUGCUAAUGCGGAAAAGGACUGUGAGAAAAAAAGAAUACCAUGUCCUCUGGAUCCAAAACACACUGUAUUCGAAGAUCUUUUAGCAAAACAUCUGAAGAAGUGCAACUCCAGAGAGAAACCCAAACCUCUGUUCUAUGUGCAAGAUAUUAAUGCUGGACCAGCCAUUGUUGAGGACACCCCCAAAGAUGAGGUACCUUUAUCAGAUCGCAGCAAAGCAGAGUUGAACCUGCUCAUAAAAAAACUGAAGACUGCCGUCAAAGGGUUCAAAUGCAAACAUGAAGAAAAUAUACAAUCUCACCCUGCUCUCCAUGAAGCUUUGAAUGAUCCAAAGAAUGGGGACUCUGCAUUCAAACACCUGAAGCAACAGGCGUCCCUUUUAGGAAACAUGGAGGAUUUGCACCUGCUUGGACCUAACAGGUGUUUUGUUGAGUUUGGUGCAGGGAAAGGCAAGCUUUCCCACUGGAUCCAUGUCGCUCUGAAAGCCUAUGACGACAUCCAUUUCCUGCUUGUGGAAAGAUCAAGCGCUCGUUUUAAAGUAGAUGGCAAACACCAGAAUUCUGAUACCAAAUUUGAAAGACUACAAGUGGAUAUUCAGCACCUUGAUUUGCGUCAAGUUCCUCUCCUCCAAGAAAAGGGACUUCCAGUGGUUGGAGUGGGCAAACACUUGUGUGGCGCAGCAACAGACCUUGCUCUUCAAUGCCUACUGGGCAGCUUGGAGACUGCACCCCAUGGGAUCAAAGAUCAGCCACCCAGCAAGCGCUCAAAGCUCCAGCAGCAGCCUGGAGAGUCUACAGGACCGGAGCUUCAGCCCAUUCCCAGGGUGGCAGGGGAGACAGCUGCCGGCCAGGAGCUGAGGGUGGGUGGGGUGGCCAUCGCCUUGUGCUGCCACCACCGCUGUGACUGGAGGCAUUAUGUAGGCAAGGAGUUCUUCAAGGAGAAAGGACUAGGUGCCUCUGAGUUCGCUGCCUUCCUGCGCAUGUCAAGUUGGGCGACCUGUGGCUCGAGACAAGCAACACAGACCUCUCCACCACAAGGUCAAACUGACCAAACAUUUGAGGAAGAGGAGCACGAGGCGACAGAAGAGGCUGAAUUAGACAGCUUGGAAGGAGUGUUGAAUGCUGAGGACCGUGAACACAUAGGACGCCUGUGCAAGCUGCUGAUUGACCAGGGCAGGGUUCACUUCCUGCAGCAGAAGGGAUUUGACUCCCGCCUACUCUACUACACCAGCUCAGAUGUUUCUCUAGAAAACGUGUUGCUGACUGCACUUCCCGCCUCCCGGUGAAAAUAAAUUCCAUUGACAGUGCAACCUGCACGGUGCACGGGCAGCACAACUCUCUAUUUUGAGCAGUGCUAUUUAUCUUGAUACUUUUCCUCUUUUUUUUUUUAAGCCCAAGAAAGCAAGAAACCUGUUUGCAGUUACAGAAAACAUUACACUGGUAACAGAAGAAAACAGACUGUUAACAAGGCAAAAAGCUCAGGACAUAGCAGACAAGACUAUGGUUGGAGUCAAUUCCAUUUAAAGUUUAGUCAUUUAAUUUUUGUAAAUUUAUUUUUAAAAUGUCCAGGAAAUUAAGUGGAUUUGACCCCAAUGUUGGACAAGUUAGAUUUCCCAAAAAGAGAAAGAAAUGCUCAGAAGGACAUGCUUGACAAGACCAGGCAGUCACCACACGGAAGACGAGACGCUGUCCACAACAGACAAGGCAGGAACCGACAGAGGCCAACAUGAAUGACUGCUACAGUAGGUCACAGUAACGGUGCAGAUUCUGCCACAGCUUCAAGGGUCACAUUUAGUUCUGAGGUGUAGUUUGACUCAGGUGCUGAAACAGACAUUUCAAAGGGACAGUCAUUAAAGAGCAAUGCCGGGGGUCUACAAAAAUGCAAAUACCUUUUGGCACGAUUUGUUCCAGGAACAAUUAGUAAUAUCCCUCAUAAAUAUUUAUAGUAGUCAGCAAAUGACAACGUGUCUUUGGAAGCUAGCUAGUGAGUCAAACUGCACUAGAUGGCACCGUAUAGAACGUAACGUUGGGUGGAUGAGUUGAGGACUUUUCUCACCUCUUGGGACUGGGAGUGGUAACGUUAGCUUGUUUGCCUACUUUGUUUUUCUGCGUGGAUUAAACUUGAAUAAACUUUUCAAUAAUAUGUCAGCUUACCCUGCUAUUAGUCAACAGAUCACCAUAUAGUUCAAGUACAUAUUUGUUGGUACAUACGAUUUACACGAUGCAUAUUUAGCAUGGCGUUAACUCUUUUCCGUGCCUCCUGGCAGUAGAUGCGCAUGAAAUCUCGGCCAAACAUCUCUCUGUCAUCCUCAUCCUCAGAUUUCUUCGGGGCAGCAGGCAGCUCCACUUCAUAUGUUAGAGGGUUGUCUCUGAAAUUCACAAACCUGCAAGUAUAGCGACCAUGAUGAAUGAAGAUUAAUUUGUUUUGAUAUAAAAUACAUUGAUGGAAAUCUUUUGCUAGUUUUAAUAUGAAUAUAAAGCUUUUGUAAAUACAAUUAAUGACUCCUGGCUUACGUAUUUGUUUACCCGCUUUUAUUAGGUUAAUUGUUGCCGAUCUGGGCCAAUACAUUUGUUUGUCUACAGUCCACUCAUCCCCAAAACAACCAAUAGCUCCCACCCCUAGACAUGGCACUCACCUGAGGUUGUUCAUGUCCUCCAUCAUUGAGGGAAUGUCAUGUAGCUUAUUGUUGCUAAGCACCAGCGUGUCCAGGCUUUGCAUGUAACAGAUGUUGUCAGGCAGGAACUCCAGUUCGUUCCUCUGCAGCCACAUAGUAUGCAGCUUCUCCAUUCUGGACAGAGCAAGCACAUAUGUAUGUAGUUUUUUUCUCUUGUGUAUUUCUAUCAAUAUGCUGUGCUUGCAUAUAUGAUUAUGGUAGAUGUGUGUAAGCCUACCUGUGGAUGUCAUGUGGUAAGCUCUGCAGCCGAUUUCCACCCAUAUCCAACCAUUCCAGGGCAGGCAGACUCACCACACUCUCUGGGAUCUCUGUGAACUGGUUCAUGGAGAGAUCCAAGUGGCAAAGCUUCUUCAGGUUGCUAAUCUGAGGACAACAGAAUGGGGAAUUAGCACAGUGAGGGACAAGCACAUGAAUCAUCAUGUACCUAGAAGGUUCCAAUAAAGGAAUAUUUGU